AUGGUGAAUAGCCGGACAUCGGAAAGCACCACGGCGGUCACCAGUAACACUUCCCCUCCCAAAGCCUGUGCCGGCUGUGGGGGGAAAAUUGCCGACAGGUUCCUUCUGUAUUCCAUGGAUCGGUAUUGGCACACUCGGUGCCUGAAGUGUUCCUGCUGCCAGGCUCAGCUGGGGGAAAUUGGCACUUCGUGUUACACAAAAAGCGGUAUGAUCUUGUGCCGAAAUGACUAUAUCCGGUUAUUUGGGAGCAGCGGAGCAUGCAGCGCAUGUGGACAGUCCAUACCAGCCAGCGAAAUGGUGAUGAGGGCACAGGGCAGCGUAUACCACCUGAAGUGUUUCACAUGUGCCACAUGCAGGAACAGACUUGUUCCAGGAGACCGAUUUCACUACGUCAAUGGCACCAUCUUCUGCGAACAUGACCGGCCUUCCGGUUUACUGAAUGGACACUUAAACAGUCUUCAGAGCAACCCGCUUCAGAGUAGCCCCAUGCUACCUGACCAGAAAGUGAGUUGA